CAUUAAUUUGUUAUUUUUUUAAACUGGUUAAAUCCGCUCUGGAAAAAUGGGAGUUACAAUUUUGCAACCGUACCCCGUGGAAAAUAAAUCCGGUUCACAAACAAUCGAAUUCCUAGUGAAACGUGUUCUCGCGCUUGGAGCCGUCCAAACCGGUCACUUUCUGGUGGAUUGUGAAACGUACACCUCCAUUCCGCAGAUAGGUUCCACGAAAACUGUUCACAUUCUCCACAAUUCCGAACAACCGGCAUCGGUGUUCUCCAUUCUCGACACCGGAGCCAAGCAGAUUCCUCUGGUUACGGAUGGCUUGUUCGACUUGCUGAUGAAACAUAUUUCACCAGUGUACACAUCGAAGAAGCAAACGAAGAUCGAAUCCAAAGGACCUCGGUUCGAGUUUGGUGAUUUUUUGAUAAAACUUGGCAGCGUAACUAUGAGUCAGACCUUCAAGGGAGUCCUGGUGGAGGUUGAGUACCGACCUUGCUUGGUGGCAUCCAGCUGCUGGGAGCUGAUGCGAGAGUUUCUGCAGGGUUUUCUGGGCUCGAACGUAUCGAAUUCAAUUCCGGCCUAUUUCACCCAGCGAAUCAACAUCAACACCAAUCACACAAAAGCGAACGACAUCUACCAACCAAUCGAUACCAUAAACCAGUAUCUGGAACAUUUUACCACCUAUCGGAAGCAGACGACGACGGCAGUUGCACCGAGGACGUGAGGUAUUAGCGGUGAGUUAUCAGUUUAACUUU